AUGGUCGGAGCCAACCCACAUACGAAGAUUCAUCAUGUGUCUCUCAAUCACUCAUCGCGUAAUUUGAUGCAACGGUGUUUGCAACAUCUCAAAGUUUAAAUAGAAAUAAACAAGAAUAUUAUCAAUUAGACAGUUCGAAAUAGCCGAUACGUUGGCUAUGCCAGGUUGAUUUUUCAGAAUUUACUGCAAAAAUGUCGAUAAUAUUUACACCGACGAAUCAAAUAAGACUGACGAACGUUGCUGUCGUUCGCAUGAAGAAAGGUGGCAAGCGAUUUGAAAUUGCCUGUUACAAGAAUAAAGUAAUAUCCUGGAGAAAUAAAUUAGAAAAAGAUAUUGAUGAAGUACUGCAAACGCAUACAAUAUUCACUAAUGUAUCAAAGGGUCAGGUGGCAAAGAAGGAAGAUCUCAUAAAAGCUUUUGGCAUUGACAAUCAGACUGAAAUAUGCCAACAGAUUCUUGCCAAAGGUGAGCUCCAAGUUUCUGAUAAAGAAAGGCAUUCAGCUUUAGAUUCCAUGUUCAAAGAUAUUGCCACAACAGUUGCUAGCAAAUGUAUAAAUCCAGAAACUAAACACCCAUAUCCAGUUUCCAUGAUCGAGAAUGCCAUGAGAGAGGAAAUACAUUUUUCCGUUAAACCUAAUCGGAAUGCCAAACAACAGGCACUAGAUGUCAUCUCGCAAUUGAAAGAAGUGAUGCCUCUGGAACGUGCCCAAAUGCGGCUUAGGAUUGUUAUCCCAGAAAAAGAAGCAAGAAAAUUGAAAGACAAAGUCACUAAAUUAAUAACUAAAUUGGAAAAUGAGACAUGGGACAAUAGAUCAUUAACAAUAAUUUGCUUAAUUGAUCCAGGUCAAUAUAGAGGAAUAGAUGAAUUGAUACGAUCAGAAACAAAGGGUACUGCUUUAUUAGAAUUAGUUAAUUUAAAUGAAGUAAUCGAAGGAGAAGAACUCUUAACAUAAAUAGUAAAUAAUUAACUUUUUUUAAAUCAACUGUUGUUUAUAAAGAUUCUAAUUUAUUAAGUGUAAUUCAAUAUAUGUUGAUACAAUUCUUUGUUAAUAAUAAUAUAGUUAUAAUUAAUAAAGUAAUUUGCUUUUGUA